AUGCCCAACCAAAUAUAUGCUCGUGUCGGGAAGUCCCAGACUUCUGGGAACGGGCUAUUCGCCGAUAAAGCAAUCCCGGCCGGUGAACUAAUCCUUUCAAUUUCUCGACCUUUGGUCGGCGUGGUCGAAGCAGCGCGGCUCUCUGAUACCUGCGCAAACUGCUUCAAGUGGACUGCGGAGUCCUCUAUCGGAAGUCGGCCUAAUGUCGAGCCCAACGGUGUCAAAGCAUGCACAGGUUGCAGGACCGUCGGAUAUUGUAGCAAAGAAUGCCAAAAGGCAGGGUGGAAGCGGCACCACAAAUAUGAAUGUGAAAUCAUGGCCAGCACGGUUUCCAAGGGCAAUAUGCCGACAGCUGCGAGGGCAACCAUGCAGUUUCUGAUACGACGAGCCAAGGGCCUCAUCAAUGAUGAGACUUGGGAGUCUGUCCUCCGCCUGGAAUCUCACAUUGAGGAGAUGAGAGCGGCUGGAGGGGAGAAGUGGCUGGAGGUUCAGCUCGUGGCUCAAGGGGCAUGGGCUUUUUCGAUGACGCAGGCAGAGUUCACAUUGGGCUUCACGACUGAAGUGUUUGGAAGGGUAUUGACCAACUCCAUAACCUUGGUAACCCCGACAUACGACCCAGUGGGCAUCUGCAUAGACCCACUGGCAGCAGUGGCAAAUCAAUCCUGUGACCCAAAUGCCGUUGUCGUAAUGGACGGCCCAGUGCUCUCCUUCCGCUCUCUCAGACCAAUUAAAAAGGAUGAAGAGAUCUUCAUCUCGUACGUUGACGGGACGAAUCCCUUCGCCCGGCGCCAGCAGGAACUCAAGCAGCGUUGGCACUUUACCUGCAAAUGCACGAAAUGCCAAAAGGGCCCAACAUCGCCUUCCGACCUCUUCAGCAUCUCUCCGAACAACCUUGAUGCCAAGUGGAAAGAGACUGCCGACCACCUGCUCAGAGAAACUCCAUUUGCCAACGAGCCAGCGAACUACGUCGGUGACGACCUCAAUUCCCGCCGCGCCGCUGUCAUCCAGGGCGUUGCCUUCAAUAAGUUGGAGACAGCGCGGUCGACGCUCGACCCUCGCCAGGCUAUCUCCCUUAUCGAAGAUGGAAUACGGACUUGCUUCCAGUCCAAGCUGUUCCCAGUGUAUCGACAGCCCUAUGCCGCACUGCGACACGAUCUGCUCGUCAAUAUGAUAUCAGCUGGUAAUCACGGCAUCGCAUUCGCGCAGGGCGCGAAGUCGUAUUUCCAUGUUGAUCCGGUCCUGUUCCCCGAAUCACAUCAUCCCGUUCGAGUGGUGCACAACUGGAGGCUUGCGAUGCUGCUGAUGUACCUAGGGAGCGAACCAGAUGACCCGAUGACUCAGGGCAUGGUGCAGCAGGGAGUGGACAUUGGGAUCAUUAUUUACGGACUUCUGAUCGAGGUACAGAGCAAUGUGCCAUUGAGCCACGGAAAGGAUAGCUCAUUUGCAAGAGCAGUGAAAAGAAAGGUGGAGGAGGUUGAGGUAGAUAUGACGAGAGCCGACGCAGGAGCGCUCAGGGGGGUUGAGCGGAGGAUUGCUAAAGAGUGGGAGCUCUUCCGGCAGAUGGGGGGUUGGAUGCAGUACUGA